CUUCCUUUCCUAAUCCAAUUGAAUCACAAUUAGAUGCUCAGUACCCAGCAUGGGCUGUAUGCUUUGCUUUGUGAUUUUAAAAAAGCAACUUUUUGCCAUUGUCGCUCACUGGGGUUGAAGGUAACAGUUUGCUUUUUAGCUGCCUAGAUUUUGUGAAGCGAUAGCUACCUCCUUGAAAAGCCAGCCAGACCAGUUGGAUGCCUUUCUACAGCUCUCUCUGUAGGAAACUUUCAUCUGCUCAUCCCACUUUGGCUUGUUAAAGUACGGAGACACUCCUAAAGGGCUGGGAAACUGCUCUUUUAAAGAAAUGGCUAAUCCUAAAAUUGUCUCCAAUGGACAUUUAUGCUGCCAUCAGAAAAGGAAUAAUUUAUUAAAGCAUGACAUCCACAAGAAAAAUGGAGUUGUUAAAGAAAUCAAGGAAAAUGGCAUUGCAAAUGGAGGCUUCUACAAAAGACCAUUUAAUGAAUCCUUUGAACAACCACCAAUGUAUGUUGCUGUCCUUACAUUUGUGGGUUUUGCAGUAGCAACAUUUUUUGGCUACCUGCGAGACUUCUUGAGAUCCUGUGGACUACAAAAAACUAUUGUUGCUAUAGAACGGGAACAACAAAAGGAUUUUGUACCACUUUAUCAAGAUUUUGAGAACUUUUUUACAAGAAAUCUCUACAUGAGAAUAAGAGACAAUUGGAACCGUCCUAUCUGCAGCGCUCCUGGACCAAAAUUUGACCUCAUGGAACGUGUUUCAGAUGACUACAACUGGACAUUUAGGUUCACUGGAAGGACAGUGAAGAAUGUGAUCAAUAUGGGUUCCUAUAACUACCUCGGCUUUGCAGAAACUGAGUGCAACGCUUUGAAAACUGUGAGCACUGUGUUGCAUAAAUAUGGCACAGGAGUAUGUAGCACUAGACAAGAAAUGGGAAACCUUGAUAAAAUUGUCGAGUUAGAAAAUCUGGUGGCACAGUUCCUGGGUGUUGAUGCAUGUCUGGCAUUUGGCAUGGGCUUUGCUACAAAUUCUAUGAACAUUCCCGCGUUGGUUGGGAAGGGAUGUCUUAUUUUAAGUGACGAACUGAAUCAUUCUUCACUUGUUCUUGGUGCGAGACUCUCAGGUGCUACAAUUAGAGUCUUCAAACACAACAAUGUACAGAACUUAGAAAAGUUUUUGAAGGACGCAGUAAUUCAUGGACAGCCUCGAACCCGGAGAGCAUGGAAAAAAAUUCUAAUUCUUGUAGAAGGCAUUUACAGUAUGGAAGGCUCCAUUGUACGCUUGCCAGAGAUAGUUGCCUUGAAGAGAAAAUACAAAGCCUACCUCUACUUGGACGAAGCCCACAGCAUAGGUGCUGUUGGCCCAACAGGCAGGGGAGUCGUGGAGUACUUUGGAAUGGACCCCAACGAUGUCGAUGUACUAAUGGGAACAUUCACCAAAAGCUUUGGAGCAGCUGGGGGAUACAUAGCUGGCAGAAAGGAACUGGUAGACUACUUACGACUUCACUCCCAUAAUAUUACAUAUGCAGUGUCUAUGUGUCCUUCUGUAGCAGAACAAAUCAUAAGAGCCAUGAAGUGUGUCAUGGGACUGGAUGGAACCACACAAGGACUUCAGAGAGUCCACCAGCUGGCAGAAAAUACAAGGUACUUCAGGCGAAGAUUACAUGAACUAGGCUUCAUUAUUUAUGGCAAUGACGAUUCUCCUGUUGUCCCUUUGCUCCUUUUCAUACCUGGUAAAAUUGGGGCUUUUUCAAGACGCAUGUUAGCCAAAAAUAUCGGGGUGGUUGUGGUUGGCUUUCCAGCUACUCCACUUACAGAAUCCAGGGCUCGGUUUUGUGUGUCAGCUGCUCAUACACGGGAGAUGUUAGACACGGUCCUCGAUGCUCUAGAUGAACUGGGUGAUUUUUUGCAGCUGAAAUAUUCCCAGCACUUCAGGUCAUCUCGUCCUGAACUAUGUGAUGAAACAAGCUUUGAACUUGAAGAUUAAGCUUCCCUCCCAUGGAGAAACCAUUAUGUUACAAGAGGGGAAAAAGGGGAACCUAAACAGUAGAAAUGUGUUUCUUCUUUUCUAAGGACAGUUUUUGCUUCACAGUAAUUGAACCAAGAGAAGCACUGUGUGUGUUUCACCGGAUUGGAUUCUGUGUGCAAGAGACUGGAAUAUGGUUGCUACAGAUCCCUACCAAGAAAUAUGAGUUCUAGUAUUAUCAUUGGAUGCAAAAGACUUCAUUAAGUCAAUUGCUACUGUGCAGCCUUUGUUACACGCCUUUUUAUGAGCAGGCUUUGGAUAGUUCUUAAUUAUGAUUACAAUAAACUUUUUUAAAUAGUGAAUUGGAAUGUAGUAUGUUGGUUGAAGAAAAAAUUCACUUGUUAAACUGGCUUUCACUUGCAGAACAGCAUACCUCAAUUUCAACAUGUGAAUUUUGGCAGAGGCAAUGGCAAGUAGACAUCUCUUAGUUUAACAAGUGCCUCAGUGGGAGACAGUGGUCAUUCAAGGCCUUACUCACUUAACAUUAAUUAUUACUGCCAAAAGAUUCUGGGGGAGGGAAAAGCUACUUCUCUUUGCCAGAUGGUUUGUUGGCACACAAAAAAUGUUUUAAGUUUUUAAUUAAAUGUGGGAAGAAAGUGUAAACCACAAAAAGUCAAUUUUCAUUCUUACAUAGUUGAUGCAUUGAAUUCUUAAAAUUAAAGGUAGAAAAUCAUUUUUACUUGUUUGAUCUUAAAGCAGAUUUAUAGGCUUUUCAUGCACAAUUUUAAUAACCAUUUAACUUUCCUGUUUCACUCUCACACUGUACACACCCUCCCUUGUGGUGCACACAAUGUAACUGACAUUUACAAGCCUAUUUUAUGUCCUCCUUGAACUACUUUACAGGCUUGAUAAGCUUACUUUGGCUGUGAGUUACACAAUAUAUGAUACUCAAAUUUGUUGUUUGGGGUCCUGCCCUGUUAAAUUGAAAAAUGCGAGUCCUCUUUAUAGUGCUGAUUCUAUACGUAUACUUUAACACAGUUGGAGAUAAAUUGGUCAACAUUCUUGUUUUGCUAUGAGAUUUAUGUAUCUGUGGAUUUUUAAAAAAUGUUUAAAAUGUUAACUGGUUUAAGAACAUAACUAAUGUUCUGGAAAGGGCAUAGAAGAUUAAAAGAACAAGUGAAAGUAGCACUUGCAUUGCACCAAAUGAAUGGGGCCAAAAGUAAUGGGAAAAUAGGGAGGAAAAUCUCUUCCAACUGGGUUAUAUGUGAAGUUCUCCAGUCUAAGCAGUUAAGAUGUAGUUUUGUGUAGUAUGUUAAAAUAAUAAUAAUAAAAUAACUGGUUGAAAGUCAUUUCUGUAGCUUUGAGAGAGCUGCAAACCAUUCUGGAAUAUAUGAUAGCACUGUAAAUGCAUCCGAUCAAGAGAUUGGUAGCUUUCUGUUGCACAGAUGUAGUUUGCUUUCAUGUUCUUGAAAGCUGUGGUAUCCACUUAACCCACAGCUGCAAAAUUAGAUUUUAGAACAGAACAAUUAAAUUGUGGAAUAGCAAUUACAGUAUUUGACUCCCCUGCUUGUUAAAGCAGCUUUGAGGAUGAAGCAAGGCUGAUUAGUUAUGAGGUCCCUUUUUGUUGUUCAAGUUAAUAACAUUCCGUGCUGCUAUAAUGUUAAGAAUGGGCCGCAACAGAUUCCAAAAUAUCGAAUAUCUGCUUCAGAAAGGUAUUUGGGGGGGUGGAGAGUGAAUUGUACAGUGUUGUAUGAUUGUUCACUUUGGCAAAUGAACUUGAGAAACACUAUAGAGGCCCAUGUUUGUCCAUUAUACUAAAACUACUGUAUAAAGAUUAAAAUAUGUUUUUGGUUUUUUUAA